UACUAAGCCGUCAACAUACUAGCGUUAGUAAUUUCGCACCCGGCCCACCACACACGUAUAUAUAUACCGGGGAAAACGAGAUAUUUUGACCUGUGAAUGGACAGCGGAAUACAGAGUUGUCAUUAGAGAAUCGAAUUUGCUGGACCUAACGCGGAGGAAUGAUUUAAGUUACAUUUUAUACCAACGCAAACCCGAAGGCUCGGUCCAGCCCGGUACUGGUCCGCCUCUCGCCGUCGGUGGUGACUCACGGAGCUCGGGCCGUUGACGGAGCAUUGCUGACCGGUCGGAUAAAUCUACGGAAGGACCGACAGGAUUUCAGCAUGAAGUUCAAACCGAAUCAGACACGGACGUACGACCGGGAAGGAUUCAAGCGGCGUGCGGCGUGUCUGUGCUUCAAGAACGAACGGGAGGAUGAGGUGUUGUUGGUAAGCAGCAGUCGAAACCCUGAUCAGUGGAUUGUUCCUGGAGGAGGAAUGGAGCCAGAGGAGGAGCCGUGUGGAGCUGCUGUACGGGAGGUCUUUGAGGAGGCUGGAGUAAAGGGUAAAUUAGGACGUUUGCUCGGCGUGUUUGAGAACCAGGACAGGAAACACCGGACGUAUGUGUAUGUGCUGACGGUCACAGAAACGCUGGAUGCCUGGGAGGAUUCUGUCAAUAUUGGCCGGAAGCGUGAGUGGUUUCCUGUUGACGAGGCCAUUAAGGUCCUGCAAAGCCACAAACCUGUUCACGCCGAGUACCUGAGACGUCUGCGGAUCAGUCGCCCAUCUACCACCAACGGCAACCUGCUCCUGUCCCAGACAUCACCCAGCACCCUAACACCACUCUUCAGCACUCCGGCAUCAGCCACACGCAGAUAGGACACACACACACACACACA